AUGAAUGAAGAUUCCCCUAUAAAUAGUAAAUUCAAAGGAAUAGAAGCUGAAUCAUCAUUAAAUUUUCAAGAAUAUUUCCUCAAAAAUGGAAUAGAAGAAAAAAAAAAAAAUAAUGAUGAAAAUAAUUUAAAAAAUUGCGACAUAAAUGUAAUAAAUAGUAAAAAAUAUAAAAAUAUAAGUUUAAAUGAACAGGAAAAAGAUGAACAAAAUGACAAAAUAAAUUCUCAAAGUAUUUCAAAUAUUAACUUUAUACCAAAAGUAGUCAAAAAACAUAUUAAUAUUACUCAUAAGGAAGAAAUAGUGUCAUAUAUUUAUACACUGGUUUUUUAUAAAAAUUAUAAUAUUUUUUUUAUUACGCAUGAUGGAAAAUUUGCUUCAUGGAUUUAUUCAUAUAAUGUUAUUUUACCUUUUUCAGUUGAACAGGAAACUGAGAUAAUUUUUGGAGAAAGAAAUUAUCCUUUUUUAGAAAUUUUAUGUUCAAAAUUUAUGAAAGAUCAUGCACAUUUAUUAAAAUAUAAACCAAUUAUAUUUGCAUUGUCUAUAUAUAAAAUGUGUUUUUAUGAUAAAGAAAUUUUAACUCAAAUAUUUAACAAUUUGAGUAAUAUGAUAAAAUAA